AUGAUCGGCUCUACUGGUCAGAUUUACCAUUUCAAGGAGUUGAUUCAGAAGAGAGCGCACGUUGGGCGUGUCUGGCUAGCAACAACCAAACCAGAGCACAACCCGCACAUCUUGAAGGAUAUCCCUGAAGCCAUAUUUUCCAACUUCAAUGAAAACAUACGACCUCGAUUUUGUAGGAUACCACACCAGCCCAUACUGGUCUAUAACUAUCUGACAGAUGACUUUCACUCUCUCAUCAAAGCGAAGAUCGAUCUUGGAGCAAGGAAAAAGAUCUUGAAGGCAGUCUUGAAGGGACUCGCGGAACUAUAUUCGAGAGAUGUGGUACACCUAGACAUUAAAUCCGACAACAUCCUCGUCAGUUGCCAACACGUAACCGGAUCAACCUUUAUCGAGAACACCCUGAUCAGUGAUGUCGAGAAUGCGGCAUUUUUGCCUAAAGGUAGGUGUAUGAAAGGAAUGCUGCCAGGAAACGAAAGCUGGCGCAGUCCUGAGGGACAUUUCAGAGGGGAGCGUAACAAACCAUCAGAUAUGCUUUCCUUUGGAUUUAUGUGUAUCCACGCUGUCCUUGGACAGGUUAUCUUCGCACUCAAUGAUGACUUCAAGAAACAUGAGAUGCAGAGUGCUCUCCCUUAUUUGAUCCAUCUCCAGCGACAGAUAUGGUUCUUUGGGAAUGAGGGCGGCCUCGAAGGACUUGUGAAGCAUGUUGGUGACGACGAACUCAAUUGCCAGGCUUUACGGAUGCUUUGGGAGGAGCGACAUGAGGAUUACAUCGGUUAUUCGCCAUUCAGCAGUUGGCCAGAAGUUGAAGAUGAGAACUUCAAAGACCUUAUUGGUCAGAUGAUGAGCUUGGAUCCUGCGCGAAGGAUUACGGCCACUCAAGCUCUGGAACAUCCUUGGUUUGUAGGUAUGUAA